GUGUUUGUAGCAAUGGUAGAUUCAUCACAAGGAAAUGAAAAAACAUCUGAAGAGAGUAAUGAGUUGCUUAGACUCAUAGUUGAUGCAGCCAAUCGCGGAUGGCAUGAUAAGUCUGGAAAUUUGAGUAAAAGAAACUUAUAUUGCCCCCUCUUAAUGCAAAGCUUGGAAUUGAGAAGACAUGCUCAAUAUAAAAGUCGUGUAAAAUGGUUUACGAAACAAUACGAUAAAUAUGCCAAGCUUAUACGACAUAACUCGGGCUAUGUGUUGGAGGACUACUUUACGUCUCAUCCCGAGGAUACGAUAAUAGCCCUCUCGACCAUAUGCCAUUAUCUCAAGUGCACUCUCCACCAUUCGCUCAACACCAAAGUUCAGAAAAACGUCCAUCCGUUUGAAAGUGAAACAGAACUAAUUUUGAAGCAAACCCCAAAAGCACUGCAUCUGACCCUGACAACCUCACAGAAAGUGUUAACAAGAUUGUCCGUGCUCUUGAGUAUGUCGACACUAAAGAGAGAUUUAAACUUAGACGACGAUUCACGCUUCAAGGUCCUUGACUUGCUUAAUACUAGAGCAAAGAAAGCAGAGUUUUAUGGUACCGGAAGAACGUUUGAGAUGGAUUGCAUAUACAUUAAAAUGAUC